AUGGCGAACAAGCGCCGUCCCUCCAUCGUCGGCCCAGACAGCGGCCCCGCGCCCCCGUACCCCUACAGAAUGGAGGGCAAAGUGAUCCCAGGCUUCGGGCGAGGCUCCAAAGAGCUCGGCAUUCCCACCGCCAACCUCCCCGUGGAUCCCGCCCUCGCCCCCUGGAUAUCCUCCGUCCCGUCCGGCGUCUACCUGGGCUACGCGUCGCUCAGCCUGCCGGCCUCGUCGCCCGAGGCCUCCUUCACCGCGUACCCGAUGGUCAUGUCCAUCGGCUACAACCCGUUCUACAAGAACACCGUGCGCAGCGCCGAGGUCCACGUCCUGCACGAGUUCGCUGCCGACUUUUACGGCGCCCACAUGAGGCUGCUGAUCCUGGGCUUCAUCCGCGAGGAGAAGGACUACGAGAGCCUCGAGGCCUUGAUUGAGGAUAUCAAUUUCGACUGCCACGUCGCCAGGCGGAGCUUGGCCCGGGAAGCAUGGAGUGCGGAGAGCGUCGGGGACGGGGCUGACUGGUUGCUCAAGGACCUCUAG